ACUUUCAAUGGUCAAUCAUUCAAUAUUCAAGAAAUCAUUUUUGUGUUAUGCCAGUCUUCUUUGGACACAUUUUGUAGCCGAAAUAUUGUGGUUUUAUUUAAAAUUCUUGGAUAGACAAUAAGCAGGUGAGAAGAAAUGGCAACAGCUCCAAGCUCUGGAACCAGUUCCAGCACUGGUACCUCGGGUUCAUCUACUCCGACCCCAAAGGAAGUUCUGGCAAAUGGAGAGGUUAAGACGGCUGGAGAUGCAUUGGAAGAUUUAUUAUAUCAGAUUGAAGACUAUGCACCCACUAUACCUGAUGCAGUGACUGGAUACUAUCUCAAUAGAGCUGGAUUUGAGUCUUCAGACCCAAGAGUAGUGCGUGUAAUAUCCCUAGCUGCACAAAAGUUCAUCUCUGACAUUGCCAACGAUGCUCUCCAACAUUGUAAGAUGAGGGGAUCGGGUCAGAGUUCAAAGAAAGUCGGCAAGGACAAGAGAUACACCUUGACCAUGGAAGACUUGACUCCUGCACUGAGUGAACAUGGCAUCAAUGUCAAGAAACCGUACUACUUCACGUAGCAUUACCACG